GUUAUGGAGCAGGAAUUGCAUUUUCUAUAUUAGAAUGUAAUGUAAUACAUUAUUUAUUUCAUUAAGAACUUUCCUAACUCUAAUUAUGAAACAAUUAACCAACUUAUAUGUAUACUAAAAAAUUGUUAGGCUAUGCAAAAAUUUAAUUAUUUUUAGAAAAAGUCUUUUAAACUUUUUGAAUUAUACCAUAAAUAUAUAGAGAAAGAAUUAAAAGCCGCAGGUAUAGGGUUGUUUAUAAUGCUUCCUCCCUUACCCAUUAUAUGCGCUUUUUAUAAUAAUCAAAUUUAGAGCCAUAACAAAUGCUUUUUACUUAUUUCUCUCUGAAUGCUAAAAUCAUGUAAAAAAAUAAAAAUGA